AUGCCGUCUUCAGAUGGCAGGAUGCGCACCCAACGACUCUUUUUCCUGCUCGUCAUCGUCUGUGUCGCGUGUCUAACGCUCGUCCUCCUCCGUCCCGACCGUGUCCCCCAAAACCAUGUCAGUGAUCAUGUCGCCCAUGAGCAGGGACAUGCUCCGCCCGAGCCUAUACGACACCCAAAACUCCAUUCAGAUGACGCUUCAUAUCCGCCUGAACAGGCGCAUCCAAUUUCAACCCUGAUACAGAACGCGCAACAAUCCUUUGACGAUGUGCGGGCCCGCCAAUCGAAGACCCUGGCGGAGGCGGUCCAGGAGUACGAACGUCGCUACAAGAUGCACCCGCCGCCACAUUUCGACAAGUGGUUUCAAUUCGCUCAGGCCAAAGGCGUGAGAUUGAUUGACGAGUUUGACUCCAUCUACCAUAAUCUCCGGCCCUUCUGGGCUGUGAAGCCGGCAGUUAUUCGAGCCCGCGCUCGCGAAACACUAGGCUUUGACAAUGCGGUAAUCGGGCUGUUGAUUCGCGAUGGUCAAGUGACAUUGAUCGAAGGUGGUGGGGAUGGCCGCGAGUGGCAGCGCAAGGCGACUGUCGGUAUGAUGAAGGAAUUUGUCAAGUAUCUGCCAGAUAUGGAUCUUGUGUUCAACACCCACGAUGAGCCCCGGGUGGUGAUCCCCAGUGAGGACCUCGAGCGGCUAGUUCAAACGGCGACGGACCAUGUCAUUCCAGCUGCCUUCAAUCAAAACACCGUCACCAACGCAUGGUCCCCUCGCGCAGCAGAUUUGAACAAGGGUGACCGAAUUGACGAAGUGCGCACCACGCGCUUCAAUCGAUUCGCCCAUCAGCCGACAUGGACCAAUUCCCGGAUCUCGUGUCCAGUCGACAGCCCGUCAAGGUCGCUCGAUGAGGACGCCCCGGAUAACGUCGAGCCUUACGCGCGAGGCGAAUUGGGCUUCAUCUAUAAUACGACCGCCUUCUCCGAUAUUUGCCACACCCCCUCCCUCCGAUCCUCAUACGGUUUCUUCGAUCGCCCGAAUGCAUUCGACGUGGUUCACGACUUGUUCCCGGUUUUCUCGCAAAGCAAGAUCUCGAGCUUCCAAGAUAUUCUUUAUCCCAGCCCGUGGUACUGGGCCGACAAAGUUCCUUACAAGAAGGCGAAGGAUUACAGCUGGGAUGCCAAAUCUAACCGUAUGUAUUGGCGUGGCACGACGACCGGUGGCUUUUCGCGCGCUGGCGGUUGGCGUCGUCAACACCGCCAACAAUUUGUGGAUAAUGUCAACUCCCUCGCAGACUCGAAGAUUCUGGCGCAGACGGAAGAUGGGUCCUGGGUUUCGCAAGGGGUCAGCCGAAAUACCUACCGUGAUCUGUUUGAUGUCAAAUUCACCAUGAUCGGCCAGUGUGAUCCCGAUGACUGUCACGCCCAGCAGGAAUACUUUGACGUGGUUAAAGCUGCUGGACAGCAAGACGCGUGGGCGCACAAGUACCUGGUCGAUAUCGAUGGGAAUGCCUUCAGUGGCCGAUUCUACGCUUUCCUCCUCAGCAACAGCUUUGUGUUCAAGAUUGCCAUCUUCCGCGAGUGGCAUGAAGAGUGGCUCAAGCCAUGGUUGCACUACGUCCCGCUGAGCCUGAAGGGCAAUGAAUACGUCGAAACCAUGCGGUACUUCACCGCGGAGGAGGAGGGCAAGAAGGCUGCCCCUGCCAUUGCUACCAAGGGUCAGGAAUGGGCUCAGCAAGUUCUACGAAAGGAGGAUCUAGAGGUCUGGUUUUUCCGUCUCCUACUUGAGUAUGGCCGACUUGUCGACGAUCAGCGUGAUCAAAUAGGGUUCACCCUAUAA